CCGGAAAUGUUUUUGUUGUUCAAAGGUGGAGCGAUUAGACAGCAUUAAUUUAAUCGAUUUUUCAUAAUAAGACGUGAUUUUCUGGCAGUUGCGAAAAAAUUUAUUGGGAUAGUAAUGUAGGAAAGGUGUUGUAAAGAAGUCAUGGUUGUCUGCUUUCUUAUUCACACCGUGUGUCCGGUGAGCGCGCUCUCUGCCGGUGAGAGCCGGAUCCUGUACUCUCGCCUGUUCGGGCCGGAGGACCUCCCACUGCCCCACCGAACCGCCGAGCAGCAGAGACUGGCCCAAAAGGAGACUCUCGGGCUCGUAGCCAGGCAGGUGUGCAGUGCUGUGUCUGCAAGCCGGGAAGCAUCAGGCAGAGCGUUCUUGGAGGCUGGACUUGGUGAAGAGGCCACGGCUUUGAGUGAGGCUGAAUAUGGAGUAUUGUCUUUGGCUCACAGGGAGCCAUUUGCAGGGCGCUGUGUUGCUCUGUGGCUUGGGGUUCAGUCUCUGGCCUUCACUCUGGUGUGUCAGCCACAUGAGAACCUGCUGCUUGCCGAGGGAACUCUGCGGAACCUGACACGCCACUGCCUGGAGGAACUGCGUCUGCUUGGUCCUGGAAGCGAGGUGCUGUUAAAAAGUGACCGGGUGGAUGCAAUGCUUCAAAGGCUUCUUCCCCAUGGGCAGCUCCUUUUCCUUAACCAUCGCUUUGCACAUAUCAUGGACAAAGAGCUGUCCAGUUAUAUGAGCAAGUAAAACAUCUGGAUAUGUGCUGCAAGUAUUAAGGGAAGCUCUUCAGUUCAAAGAGAAAGAAACUGAUAGUUUUUUACAUUUCAUGGAAGUGGUCAUGCUUAACUGGUUGCAUCCAGUGACAGUCUACCAGUUGUGUUAUUUACAUGUCUAGUUCUGUACGUUUCUGAUUUGAUAUUUCACAAGACAGUUAUAUCAGUGAUCUCAAGGAAAGAGUGUUGAUAUCGGAGUGUGUGUGAGAGAGAGGGAGAGAAUACAGUGGGGAAAUUAACUGUGCUAUUUUUCAUAGUUGCAUUCUAGAACUGUUAUGAUCUGUAUUCCCUUAAAGCACACCUGUGAGGGAAUAUUUAAUAUCAAAUAAUGAGGAUAUUUUAGUUCAAAAUAUAAUAAAUCUGAUUUAUGAACAA